AUGAACCAGCAAGGACACGCGGCAGUCGGCGGCUUUCCGCUCGCUGACAUUUCAAGGAAACCAACAUCCUUGGGACAUCCAAUCCUGGAAGGCCCACAGAAGCCACAGCUUAUUCACACUACACAUCAAACUUCUACGACUACUACCAAUAGUUAUUCUCCGCCGUUUGAAAUUUCUGUUUCAGCAUCGGCGUCUCCAGCUUCCGACACGAAUCCAAUGAGUACAACGGUACCAUCGCUGAUCCACAGAGAAGAUUCUGAAUCCAGGAAUGCCCAAGCUGGCCGAAACGGUAUUAUUGCCACAGGCGCAGUAGCUCCUUCCAAUUCUGAUCCUAAGUCUCCCUUGAGCGGCGAACAGAGUACAUGUCCUCAGCCGCCGCAUCCUAGCAGCGGUGAUCAUGACAAUGUCGCCAACGAUGAGUCAAGUAUCACCUCUGAUGUUCUUAACGAUCAAUAUGAAUCAUCAAAGAAGAGUAUCAUUCGAAAAAAUGCUCCGGCUCACGCUGAUUUCGAGACGGAUAUUCGGCCGAUCAAGAAACAGCGCUCCGUGAGCAGCAUGUGCUCUUCGAAUGAUUCCUUAGUCUCCACAUCCGAUUCGGUCCACGAUUCCAUAGAUAACGACCAGGAAGAUGAUGAUUCUUCCUUUGAUCGAGAGGCCAAAAUCAGGUCUUUCCCAAUUACCUUGGACGAUUCUUUUGACGAUGAUUUGUCUUCUGUCAUUCAAUAUCCAUUUGGUGAAUUGCCAAAAUCUCUUACCGAUGUGGCCAAAUUCAUCAAAUCGGAUGCCUGUCAAAAGAUUGUCAUUCUCACAGGCGCUGGCAUGUCCGUUGUCUCUGGGAUUCCUGAUUUUCGCUCGGCCAAUGGCCUUUACGCUACCAUGGAUGCGGAUCGUCUCACUGCGACUCAGGCCGAACGUGAUUUAAUACGUGUGGAUCCAUCCAUUGCCUUGGACAAUCAUUUAUUCCUGCAAAACCAAUUCCCAUGCCUGGAAGUUAACCGCCAGUUCGUGUUGGGAACAAGGGACCAACUAUGGAAGGCCACACUUGCCCACCGGUUUGUGGAGCUCUUGCACGCCAAGACUGGAAAACUAGCGCGACUGUAUACCCAAAACAUUGACGGACUUGAAGAUCAGUGCACCAAAUUACCAAGAGAUAUGGUGGUACCAGUCCACGGCACCAUGGAUCAGGCAGACUGUGGCAUGUGUCAUAACGAAGCGAACUUUGAACGGUUCUGUGAAGAUGUCCGCACCAAAAUUAAGGAUAUUACAAAAUCUGACCCGACUGCUCCACAAGAAAGUUCGCACAUUGCCUGUCGGAUAUGCGGGUACAAUACAGUGAAGCCCUCUAUCGUUCUGUUCCGAUCAAGCCUUCCUCCGAAGUUUUUCGAGUUGGUUCCAAAGGAUGUGGAAGACGCCGAUCUACUGAUUGUCAUUGGUACUUCUCUCAAGGUAGCACCAGCCAACUCGUUAGUUUACAGAGUACCGGAAACCUGUCUUCGAAUGUUGGUAAACAGAGAUCCAGUUGGAUUCAAUUUGGGAAUGCAUUUUGACAGCCUGGCGAAUAGGGAUUAUUUCGCCGAGGGUGACAUUGAUUCUUCCAUGCUGGACCUAAUGGAAGCCUUGGGGUGGGUUGACGAGUUGGCGCCGCUUUUGGAUUGCAAUGGAUUACCAGAAUCCAGUGCGCAACUGCUGCAAUCCAAGCUUCAAGAGAUGAAGAAUCGAACCGAUGCUACAGCAACUGCUUCAGUCUGA